GCGGGGUGGUCUUCAAUUCACUGACGGAGAACCGGGUUCAUUUCUUCGUAUCUGAAUUAUCCUUUUUCUUACCAUACAGUUGAAGGUCGGUACUUCUAUAUCCAGCUUCAAGAUGUCCGUCCCCCUCCCGAAGAUGCCAUGGAUUCAGCUGGGAGAGCUCGAUCCAGCUUCUACGUUGACGCCCCCACCGGCUUUGUUCCCGGAAAACACCACGGCUCAGCAGAGGGCAGCGAUGAGGUUUGGUGUUAAUGGGAAUGCAGUGUUUACUGGCGGCACAGGCAUGCUAGCUCUCGCUUCAGCCCGAGCCCUCCUCGAACACGGUCUCUCUGGAAUCGCCCUACUUGAUCUACCCACUGCCAUAGAAAAAGGACAAUUAGCUGUCGAGACUCUUCGAAAAGACUUCCCCGGCGCGAAAAUCCUGGCGGAACCAUGCGAUGUCACGGAUGCGGAUGGAAUGCGCGAGACUAUACAGAAGGUCAGAGAUCAGCUAGGAGAUCUCACUAUCCUCUGUUGUUUUGCUGGUAUGGUCAAUUGCGUUGCGGCAGAGAACCUGUCCAUCGAGCAGUGGAGACGGGUGAUCGAUGUCAACACGACUGGUUCAUGGAUUGCUGCGCAAACUGUUGGGAAACACAUGAUAUCCAGCGGCCGCGGUGGAAAAGUCGUCCUAAUCUCCUCCAUCAGCGGCCACCGCGUCAACUACCCCCAGCCCCAAAUCGUCUACAACGUCUCCAAAUCCGCCGUCCUGCACAUGCGCGACAGUCUCGCUGCGGAAUGGACUCGGUAUGGCAUCCGCGUCAACUCCAUCUCACCCGGAUACAUGGAUACUGUUCUCAAUGAGGGUGAGGAUCUUGCGCCUUGGCGAGCGAUCUGGGCGGAUCGCAAUCCGAUGCGCAGGAUGGGGUCGCCGCAGGAGAUGACUGGGCCGGUUGUUUUUCUUUGUAGUGAUAUUGGGGGGAGCUAUGUGAAUGGGACGGGUUUGGUUGUUGAUGGAGGUGGAUUGGUCUUUUAAACGAAUGCACAACUGUCGAUGCUCCCUAUAUCCUCAAAAAGACCAGGAAUGAUCGGGCAUAUGUUGUGGCCUUGACACCUGAUUUCCACAAGUGAGGCGUGGAUCGACUGUGCAGAUUGAAGUCUUCUGAUUCGAGCCACGACAGAGCAUGCAGGUGUUGUGUUCAAGCAAAGUAAUGAAGUAGAACAGCUGUGUGCUCCUUUGCCAUCCUUUUCGCGAUAUAUUAUACGGCAUCAAUUACCCCUGGUAAGCGUGUGUGAAUGUGAGCCAGUCAAUUCAUUGUUCUGGUCCAGUAGAGAAUCAGCAUUUAUACCAGGUCCCAUAGUACAUAAGACCAGGUUCUCCGACCU